AUGGACGGCGGCAACUGCACCCAGGACGACAUGACGCUCCGUAGUGCGGUGAUGGAUUCGCCCGUGUGGACCAACUGCUCGAACGCGGCCGGUGCGACGUUGAGGUCGAUUGAGCCGCAGGACGCAGAGAGUGCAAAGACGCUGUGCGGCUCGGCCACGUGCACCGCCUUUCUGUCGUCGAUGGAGAAGCAAACGCCCAACUGUGUCCUGGUGGGCGAUACCCCCAAGAACUCAAUGAACCUCAGGACGAUGUUUCAAAUAUCGUAUGGCUGCACACCCGCCGCUGCGGGGGCGCAAUGCUCGCUCAUCGACUCGGUGAACUUCAAGACUGCUACCGAGACGCCGGUGUGGACCAACUGCUCAACGUUUCUCAAACUACCCCAAGACACAACGGUCGACAAGGUCAUGCUCGAGAAGAACGCCAACGCCACGUCCCUCGCGGCCGGAUUCUGUAACUCGACGUGCCCGCAGUACCUCUUGUCUGUGAUGAAAUUGCUACCGUCGUGCGGCAUGGAGGGCAGGGACCACUCGGAUCCCACGUUGCUCUACACACUUUGCCCCAACGCCAAGCCUGUAAACAAGUCGGGGGCCUCGACGCUAAGUGUUUCCCUCUGGUCUUGUGUCGUUGUGCUUGUCACGGCCGUCGCAACCCUUUUCUAA